AACAACGCCGUGCGACCUGCUGGGGUUGCCAUACCGGAACUGGCAGGCUAUGCUUUCACGCCAUCAUGAGUCUCGUUGCUCGGCACACGUUACAGAACGCGAUGCGAAACUUUGCUGCUUGACUAAUGUUGUGAGGCUAGUGGUAUGAUAAUCGUGAAAGAACCAGACCUAUCCUAUCCUGUCGCUUGUCCCCUACCUGGCCGCUUUUACUUGAGAGCUCGUUCUCUGGGGCCCCUUCUGCUGAUCGGCAUCAAGUCAUACCCAUUGUCACACUUUGCGGGACAUGUAUCGAGGCGAGGACUCUGGUGCCAAGCGAUGACCAAUCACUCAAGUGUUGCAUUGGGAUUUUGAUGGGCGUGUCGCCGGAACAUUGCGUGAAGCCCUCACGCGUUGCAAGCGUCAGUCCAAGCCCACGAAGAAAUUCUGGAAGAUUAGAAGCGAGGGUCCCCGAGAGGUGGAGCGGUGUUGCGCAGGGACGAGCGAACGUCGACGGCGAGCCGACAAGAGAAACAAUAGAGGCGCAACAGGAAGCCCAGGACGCUGAGAGCGUGGGUCGAAUCAGAUCACAACCGGAUACUCCAGCUGCGACAGGAGCCAUGGACGCCUCGGACGAGAAGGCAGCUGGAGCAGGGGAGCUGCAGAGAACUGCUAUGACAACUCCCGAUGUCUACGUGGAUGCGCCAAGUUAUAGCGACGCCGACACGAUUGAUCCAGAUACGGCCGGCACCGAGGAUCCAGAAAAGGACGCGAUUCGAGGAGAUCUCCAGAACAAGCCCGACAUCGAGGACCCAGAGAAGGACGCGAUUCGAAGAGACCUCCAAAACCAGGCCAACAUCGAGGAUCCAGAGAAGGAUGCGAUUCGAAGAGAUCUCCAGAACAAGCACCUCACCUAUGCAUCUAAUGCAGAUGACCGCAAGAGAGAGUCUAUAGAGACGCCCCCACGCUGGUCCACCGUGCUCUCUGACUCUGAUGCCGGCAGCGAGCACACCAUACAGUGCACGCCAGUAGCCGAGCACGAUGGCAUACCACCGGCCACGAGAAGCCGUGUCACACUGCAAGUGCCUGAAGGCGAACACGAGGGUGGAGACCAUCACCCUACACGGCCAACACCUUUCAGAGGCCUGAGCGCUGGUGCGACGACUGUUGUUUCGUCAAAAAGAAGUCUCCCGUCGCUUCGGAGACGAGAGACGAAGCUGAUGCAGAAGGAGGCCCAUCCUUGGCAGCACCUGGGCAUCACGCUCGGUCUUCCGAUGGUACUUUUGUUCGACCUCGUAGUACCUUGCAUCACGUACUACGUUUGGUACGACAUUCAUGGUCCAGAUAUCAAGUACGACAAAGGCAUUCUCGGUGGUGCCGUUGCCUGCUUCGGCUUUGGAGAGCUCUGGAUCUUGGGAGCUCGAGUGUGGCGACUGUACUUCCGACAAGAAGAAUGUGCACCAUUACUAUCCCGAAGCAAAUGGGAGCUCGACGCGACAUCUUGGGUGUACGGCGUUGCUGUCCUGCUCGCACUCAUCCCGUUCGUGAUUGGGUCCGAAUUGGUGAUUCCGGAGCUAUACCUUUACUCGCCCUGCUUUAUCUUCGCCUUUCUUGGUGCGCUCAUGUUCAUCACGACCAUUACACCCUUCAAGCUUCCCAUUGGCAUUAAUUCCCACAAGCGUGGUACGAAGAUCCGGCCGUUUAUUUACUAUGCUGCUGAGGAUUUCAUCGCGGUCGAUGGGUUACAGGAUCGAGAGUUCCGCAUCCGGUACAAUGAGCGGUAUGAGAGCAAUAAGAUGUUUCGACGCUUCUUCUACAACCUCACGCUCUUUUGGCUGUUUGGAGUCGUGGUCUACAUUGGAUGUGCAUCGGCCAUCAUCUGGAACUUGGAGUUUAACCACGCCUUUGGCCUGGUGUUUGGUGUUUUGUUUUCAUGGAUAGGGAUUUGGGCAUUGACCACUUUCCUGUGGGUGAAGUGGGAGAUGAAGAGGGAGCACAGAGCGUAUGAAGCGGGGGAGAUUGAGGCGUGAGAUUGUGUGUGAGGUCAUGUCCCAGGAGGUGAAGGCCUACGCCUACUACCAUACUUGUAGCAACAUGUACAUUUUAUUAAUGUAGGAUUCGUGAUGACAGAUUGGGUGAC